AUGGCUUCAAAAAUGCAUAAUAACCACAAUGAUGACGAUGGUGCACGUUACGAUAAUAUCAUGGAUUGUCCAAUGGAAAUACAUUGUACGUUGCCUGAUGGUAUAAAAGUUGAAAAUCAUCCGACUCCAAAUGGAAAAACAAGCUGGGGUCUGUAUGCUUCAAAACUGUUUCCAAAGCAUUCAGUUAUUUAUAUCAGAGAAUUUGGCGGUUAUAUUUAUGACAAGAAUGUUGACUAUAAAUUGAUUAUUGAACCAGAAGGUAAAGGAUCUAUAUUAUGA